AUGGAUUCGCACGGGGGCACCAGCUGGUGGUUCCCAACAGACAUCCUAGUCGAGAUUCUGCAACGUCUUCCGCCCAACGCCCGCCGCCGGUACCGCCUCGUCUGCCGACGCUGGCGCAAGCUCGUCGACAAGCGUUCGUUUCCGCACCGCUCCAAGACGCUGGUCGUAACCGACCAGGGCUCCGCGUUCGUCGUGAACGUCCAAACGGAGCGCCUGAAGGAGCUGUGGAGCGGCAGGACGCCUGCCCGCUGCAGAGGCAUGCGCGUCGUCGGCACCUGCAACGGCCUGGUCUGCCUGUGCGACGACGGGGUCACUGGCGGCGCCAUUACCGUAGCCAACCCGGUCACCGGCGAGACGCUCGACCUACCGCCGUUGCCGCUGCCAACGCCGUGUCACGACGCUGGAGAUCAGUGCCACCGCUGGCACCAGGCUUAUAGCUUCGGGUACAACCCGACGACGGGAGGGUACAGGGUCGUGCACGUGCCGUGCCGCUUUGGCGAGGAAUGGGUGUUCAACACGGUGCAGGUGUUCACGCUCGGAGAGAAGUCCUGGCGUCAAGUUCACAUGGCACGACAUGUGACCUUGGCGCUGGGAUUGUCGACAUCAAUGGCACCACAUACUGGGCUACGGUUGCUCGAGACAUUGUGUCAUUCGACCUCGACAACGAUUUCGUCACGCCCACCUAUCAUAGGGGACUACUAG